AUGGCGACGCAAACGCAGACCGUGACCGAGGUCUUCGAGCUCCAGCCAACACCCAAGACCACAACAAUAAAAACCAUCUAUCAUCCACCACGGCCAUCGCAAGAAGUAUCAAGUUAUGAUCACCGCAUAUCCGACACCGAAUCUUCCACCACGCCAUCUGUCACGAAACCAUCCACCCUCCGCACCUUCCUUACAAUCUUCACCCCCUCCUUCGUAGGCUUCAUAGCCAGCUUCACCAACGGCAUCAUCACAGUCGGCCUCCCCUCAAUCGCACGCUCCAUCGCGUUAGAACGCUCUCUUUACCUAUGGCCCUCUUCCGUCUACGGUCUGACAUCCGGUGCCGCACUUCUCAUCGCUGGCUCUGUAGCCGACAUUGUCGGUGCUAGACCUGUCGAGCUCACUGGGAUCACCUUCCUCGGUGUCUUCACGCUAGCAUGCGGGUUCGCGCAGACCGGCGGGCAGCUUGUUGCUUUCCGGGCUCUUCAAGGUGUGGCGCUUGCGUUGCAUUUACCCGCCUCUGUUGCCAUCAUUACUGGUGCUGUGCCGUCUGGGAGAGCGAGGAAUCUUGGCUUUGCGUGUUUGGGGUUCAGUCAGCCGCUUGGUUUUGCUGUUGGACUGGUGUUGAGUGGUGUCAUGAUUGAAAGAGCGGGAUGGCGGUUGGGGUUUUACGUAACUGGAGGGUGUACGUUGGCGGUCGCUGUGGCUGCCAUCUGGACACUCCCAAAACUUCCUACUCAAAACCAGGAUGGUGUGGUCGCGCUUUGGAAGAAGGUUGGUAGGGAGAUUGAUUGGGUUGGUGGUAUGAUAUCUAGUGGUGGACUGGCUAUUCUUGCCUAUGUCCUUGCUAUUAUCAGCGCGGACCUGACAAGCAUUCGUUCAGCUGAGACAGCUUCACUCCUCGUUGUCAGCAUCCUCCUUCUCUGCGCCUUUCCAGCCUGGAUGCACUACCGUGAGCGACGUGGAAAAACAGCCCUCGUACCGAACAAGCUGUGGAACAGUCUCCCCUUUACCAGCACGUGCAUCAUGGUCGCACUCUCUUACGGCGUCAUGAACUCCAUUGAGCUCUUCUCCAGCCUGUAUUUUCAAGAAGUCCAGCACGCCUCCAUGCUAGCAACAUCCCUCUAUCUCCUCCCCAAUCUCCUAGCCGGCGUCCUAAUCCAAAUAUCCGUCGGACUGUUCGUCCACCGCAUUCCUGCCCGCUGGCUCGUCGCCGGCUCCGCCUUCAUCUGCGCCAUCUCGCCUCUCCUAAUGGCCGUCGUGCCGCCAACUUGGAGCUACUGGAAACUUGCUUUCUGGGCACAGAUGUUCGCCCCGUUCAGUGCCGAUGUCUUGUUCACUGUCGGUCUCAUCAUCGUGAGUGACAACUUCCCGGAGAAGACGCAGGCGCUCGCUGGUGCUGUGUUCAAUACUGUUGCGCAGUUUGGCAUGAGUUUGGGCAUGGGUAGUUGCCAGGUUGUUGCACUGGGGGUUCAGGCUAAGAGCGGGAGUACGGGUACUGAUGGCCAUGGUGAUGGUGAUGAUGGCGGGGCGUUUGAGGACCAGGAUGACGUGGCUGUGUUGAAGGGGUACAGGGCGAGUUAUUGGCUUAUGUUCGGGUAUAUGGUCGUUUGUAUGAUGAUCGCUGUCGUGGGGCUGAGGAAGGCGGGUAAGGUCGGACUGAAGAGAGAGUAA